CUCUGUGUGUUAGCUCCUGCAGCUAGCUGAGUUAGCUUCCAGCAGCUCGCCCUCCCUGCCUAGUCGCUCCCAGCUGAUCUGUGAGUAGCAUGGCUGCCAGCAGCUCCAGCACAGUGUUCAGCAUCUUCCAGAACAUGGAGUACGGACCUGCAGCCACUUCCGGCUGUGCCACAGCUCAGGCCUGGUUGGAGCAUCACUCUCGUUCUCUGGGUCUGUUCAUCGACGGCACGUUCGUCCGACCAGCCGACCGACGGACUCGCUCCCUGACCGACUCCAAAGGUGGGAACGUGUGCAGCCUUGUGUGUGCUGCUGAGGACGAUGUUUCCCAGUGCGCCGCCUCGGCUGUUACUGGCCAGCGAGCCUGGAGCGGGAUGACGUGCUACAACAGAGCUAAAGUUCUGCUCAGGCUGGUGAGCGUCCUCGGCCAGCACACCCAGUGUGUGUCUGAGCUGUGCGAGCUGUGUGAGGCGUCCUGCUCGUCCUCCGCCCUGGUCCGACUGCUGCAGUACUACAGCAGCUGGGCUCAGCUCCGGGACACUCUCAUCACCAGCUGGACUCCUCUGGGUGUGGUGGCUGUUGUUGUCUCUGACGACUGUUCUCUCUAUUCCCUGAUGCUCAAAGUCCUGCCAGCUCUGGCCAUGGGAAACGCUGUCAUUGUUGUCCCUGGUCAAAGCUCCGCCCCCCCGGCGCUCCUGUUGGCGCAGCUCUUUACAGGUGCAGGACUUCCUGCCGGGGCUCUUAAUGUUUUAACAGGAAGUGACACGUUGCUGGGAGCCACAGUGGCCCAGAACCCGAGCAUCAGCUACGUCACCUACUCUGGCAACAAGCAGGACGGAGUGAUGCUGUGCAAGGCCACAGCUGGGAUGGGUGUCCCCGUGUCUGUCUUCCCCGGCGUCGGGCCUACAUGUCCCUUCAUCAUCUUUGAGUCGGCUGACAUCGACAGCGCUGUGGAUGGAGUGAUCGAGGCAGCCUUCAAAAAGAAGAAAGAGGUGCACUGGGUGUUGUGUGUGCAGGAGAGUGUGUUGGACGGCGUUGUGGCCCGUCUCAGGCUGCGUAUGGCCGAGAGGAAGUGUGUUGCUCUGCCCAGCGAGGCAGACCGAGUCCUGGUGGAGGCUGCAGUACAGGAGGCCCAGCAGCAGGGGGCCACGUUGGUCCAGUCGUGUGCUGUUCCUCCGUCAGGUGACCUGUACCCUCCCACCGUUCUCUGUGGGGCGGCCCCCUCCUCUCCUUUUGUGGUCAACCCUUCUCCUGGACCGCUGCUCCCUCUCAUGACCUUUAGGAGCAACACAGAGGCAGUGACGCUGGGGAACCACAGUCCUCACGGCCUGGCAGCCUCCAUCUGGACUGAAGACCUCACUCUGGCUCUGGAGACGGCAAAGAGUCUGUCAGUCGGCUCCGUGUGGGUGAAUUCCCACUCGGUGUCAGACCCUUGUCUGCCUGUCUCCGGUCACAAAGACUCCGGCACCUGCACCGAUGGAGGACAGGAGGGCUUGUACCAGUUUCUACGCCCGCCCUGCUCCUCCUCUCCUCUUCCUCGCUCCACCCCUGUUGCCAUGGACUACACAAAGUUUGGAACAGCAGCGUCUCCAAAGAUAAUUCCUGAUGAGUCAGAUGCUGCCAGUGCUCCGAAGUCCUACCUGCAGUUUGUUGGAGGCAAGGCAUGCAAAUCCGAGUCAGGCUGCAGUGUAGCCGUGCAACCACCAGGAGGUGGCAGUGUGUUGGCCUACUGUCCAGACGGAGGUCGGAAAGAUGUGAGAAAUGCUGUGGAGGCUGCGAUCAAAGUCCAGCCCGGCUGGAUGAAGAAAAGUCCGUCUGCACGCGCUCAGUCUCUCUACUCUCUGGCCAAGGCCCUGGAGUCAAAGAGGCGAGACGUCGCUGCGUCCAUCAGCGUCCACGCCGCUCUGUCAGCUGCGGCGGCUGAGAAGGAGGCGGACCUCAGCAUCGCGAGGCUCAGUGAUUGGGCAGCGUACUGUGACAAGGUCCAAGGAGCAACUCUGCCGAUGCCACAGUCUGGCUCCGCCCUCUCCAUCCCUGAAGCCCUCGGAGUCGUGGGCAUCGUCCUCCCAGACAAGAAUCCCCUCCUCUCCAUGGUUACACUUCUCGGAGCAGCCAUAGCCACUGGCAACGCCGUCGUCAUGGUGCCCAGUCAGAAGUAUCCCCUGGCAGCCCUGGCCUUCAUUCAGGUCCUCCAGGCGUCAGACCUGCCUGCAGGUUUGGUAAAUGUCAUUUCAGGAAGUAGAGACCAGCUGACCGUGGCUCUGGCCAAUCACAGCGUCAUCACGGCUGUCUGGUACUGGGGCAGUGCUGAGGGAUGUCAGUUCCUCCAGUUCACCUGCACCAGGCCUCUCAAAACCCUGCAGCUUGUCUGCCAGGAAGUCGAGGAGGACGCUGGGAGGGACUGGACCCAGUCGCAUCCUUCUCUCCUCGAAGAAAUGUGGAGAAACGCUGUGCAGUGGAAGAGUGUCUGGAUUCCCACAGCGUGAGGAGAAUAGAGAUGAUGAACGAUGAAGGAAGUCUUAGAGAAAUCUACAGAUAUUAACUGUGACCUAUGAAAGCGAUCAGAUGCCUUUUUAAAUCUAAAGUGAACAGACAGUUGUUCCUCAGCUGCCGUUAAUCUGCCCCUUACAACUUCCUGUAGCACUUGAAAAAGAAACUAAUCCUCCAGCUGAGGCCCCUGAAGAGUUUCAGCUGUUUCACACCAGGUCCCUGAAGCUCAGAUCACAUCACACAACCUUCAGCUUCCAUUACUCCAUUACUGUAUCUGCACCACAGGGAUUUAUUAGGCAGGUUGAAUCUGACAGGUUGAAUUUAUAAAGCACUUAACAACAGGCAGGAGAUUUUAAACUACAAGAAAAAUGAAUGAAAGAAAUCAAUAUGAGUCUUAUUCCUCGUUUCUUCACGGUGGUAAAGACAGUUUUUAUUUAUCCUCAUCAAACUGAAGCAAUAGAAACAGAAACACACCAGACCGCGUGACUUCUUCUAUUUAGAAGCAGAAACGGAAAUUCUUAAUGAAAUGAUAUUUCAGUUCUGUUUUUAAUAUGUCCCGACACCAGCGACACAUAUAACAGCUUGUUAGCUCGUAGGACUAAUUGACUGUUGCUUUGCUCCAACUACCUGAUGUCCUCAUAUCCCCUUGUGCUUCUUUUCUUUCAUCAUCAAUACUUCAAGGUCAGAGUUUUGACCUUGAAAUCUCAGCCUUACAGUUCAGUGGAUGAAGGAGCAAAGAUCGAUGGAUCGUGUGAAAUCAAUAUAAAUACUGUAAUGCACUGAACUGACCAUCUUGAACACUGUGUUGUGUAAUGUUGUUGUCAGCGAUGGAAACACAUUCAGUCCAACAUUCCCAUCGACGUCUAUUUGUUUUCCAUGUCCAAGUCAAGUUUAGUAAAAAUGAUUUUCAAAUUUGAAUGUUCCCAGAGAGUCUCACUGUCUCAAAGCCAUAAUUAAAAGAUAAUUAAACAGA